UUCAAAAUGGUUUUGGCCGAUUUGGGGCGGAAAAUCCGAAAUGCGAUCGGAAAGCUCGGUCAGAGCACCGUUAUCAAUGAGGGGGAGCUGGAUUUGAUGCUGAAAGAAGUCUGUACAGCUCUUAUUGAAUCUGAUGUUCAUAUUCGUCUUGUAAAGCAACUUAAGGACAACGUGAAAAAAGCGAUUAAUUUCGAAGAGAUCGUCGGAGGAGCAAACAAACGUCGGUACAUUCAGAAGACAGUAUUCAAUGAACUGCUGAAGCUUGUGGAUCCUGGUGUAACUCCUUUCACACCAACAAAAGGACGUCGCAACGUUUUCAUGUUUGUUGGUCUUCAAGGUUCCGGUAAAACUACGACUUGUACCAAGAUGGCGUAUUACUACCAAAGAAAAGGAUGGAAAACAUGUCUGAUCUGUGCCGAUACAUUCCGUGCUGGAGCUUUUGAUCAAUUAAAGCAAAAUGCCACAAAAGCUCGUAUUCCCUUCUAUGGAUCAUACUCUGAAAUUGACCCCGUAAAAAUUGCCGCCGAAGGAGUAGAAAAAUUCACGCAAGAAGGGUUCGAAAUCAUCAUUGUUGAUACAUCAGGUCGUCACAAGCAAGAAGCUUCACUUUUCGAAGAAAUGCUCCAAGUUUCCAACGCAGUUACACCAGAUAAUGUUGUUUUUGUGAUGGAUGCUUCUAUUGGACAAGCUUGUGAAGCCCAAGCACGUGCUUUCUCUCAAACUGUUGAUGUUGCCAGUGUUAUCAUUACAAAGUUGGAUUCUCAUGCUAAAGGAGGAGGAGCUCUUUCUGCUGUCGCUGUCACCAAAUCCCCAGUAAUCUUCAUCGGAACAGGAGAACAUAUUGAUGACUUUGAGAUUUUCAAGCCAAAAUCAUUUGUUCAAAAGCUUCUAGGAAUGGGAGAUAUUGCUGGCCUUGUUGAUAUGGUCAAUGAUAUUGGAAUUCAGGAUAAUAAAGAAUUGGUGGGAAGACUGAAACAAGGACAAUUCACUCUUCGCGACAUGUAUGAGCAAUUCCAAAACAUUAUGAAAAUGGGACCUUUCAGUCAAAUUAUGGGUAUGAUUCCUGGUUUUGGAUCAGAAUUUAUGACAAAGGGAAACGAGCAAGAAUCCGUCAACAGGCUGAAGAGAAUGAUGACUGUGAUGGAUUCUAUGAGUGAUAAGGAAUUGGAUCAUCCAAAAGCAUCUGAGCUCUUUACAAAAGAACCAAAUAGAGUUGCCAGAGUUGCCAGAGGAUCGGGAUCUCAUCAACAAGAAGUUCGAGAUCUUCUCGCUCAGUACAAGAAAUUCUCUGAUGUUGUUAAGAAGAUUGGAUCAAUUAAAGGACUCUUCAAUGGCAAAAACGGUGAUAUAAACCCAAAAAAUAUGAAUCCAGCGAAAAUGGCUCAAUUGAAUCAACAAAUGGCAAAAAUGAUGGAUCCACGUGUGUUGCAGCAGAUGGGUGGUAUGGGAGGCCUUCAAAAUAUGAUGCAGCAGAUGGCAAGAGCUGGAAAAAUGUGAAGAAAUGGAUGCAAUUAUUUUCUGUAGUUUUUGAAAUGCCUGUUCCCAGUUCCCACAAUUCAUUCUGACUAAAACGUUUUUUAAUAAUAUCAAUAUGAUUUCUCGAUUUCCCUUUCAUCAGAAUGUUUCCCAAGUUCAUUUUUUGUCUAGCAGAUUCUGUGAUUCUAAUUAGAAACAAUUUAGUUAAAGAAUAAUUUAUUUAUUUCUUUUUUCCCUUUUGAAUUUUCCUGAAUUAAACUCGUUUUUUCCCUUGGCUCAUCGGUGUAAAUAUUCACAUUUAAAAAUGACUGAAAA